AUGCCACAAACAAUGAAAAAGAGUCCUUCGAAGAUUUCAGAUAUUAGCAGAGACCUGAGUGUUGCAAGAGGUCGAACUUCAAGAAUGGAUUUAGCUGCCGGCGAUAUGGACUGGUGGAAAGGAAAAGUAUUUUUAAGGCCAGAAGAUCAAUUACAGUUAACAGAAGCAGAACUGCAAGAAGAAAUAACAAAAGUACUUACAUCGGGUGAUCCUCGAACAUCUGAUGCACUAGUCGAGUGGUCGUGGAAAGAACACAAGUUUAUAAAACUGCCCAAUCCAUCAAACAUAAUUACCGUAAUAAAUAUCCCUGGAACGCUUUUACACCGAGACUCAGAAGAUGCAAAAAAGCAGCUGGCCGGUGGUUACCAAGCUGCUGAAGAAUUAAUAGAGGGAAAAGAAGCCACUGAACAAGUCGCGGAAACUGAAGAAGAUAGAGAAGACGACGAUGCUGAUGAUGAAGCUGAUGGCAAACAAGGCGAUGGGGCUGGAGAACAAGAAAUCGAGGCUGAGGAAGAAGAAAUUGGCAUGGGAAAACCUAAAAAAGUCCCGAAUCAAUUUAAUUUUUGUGAACGUGCUGCUCUAACUUACAGUAAUCCUGUUCGAGACAUGAGUACGCAGACAGUCCCACCGCCGACAGCUUCGUUUAAUUCCCACGUAUUCCAAUGGAUUAUCUUUGACGAGUAUCAAGAGGAUUAUGCCCGUCAGCAACGUGAAAAAAAAGAAAAGGAGCGCAAACAGUUGGUCCCCCAACAACAAAAACAGCAGAAAGAAGAAGUGAAGAAAAAAACACCGGUUGAAACUGUGGCCGUUCACCAACGAAUGCUCCAGGCUGCUAAAACUCUCGAGCGUAUGGUCAAUCAAAAUAUCUACGAUGAAAUAUCACAUGAUUACCGAUAUUGGAAUGAUCCAAGUGACGAAUUCAAAGAUGGCGAAGGUUCCUUGCUGCCUUUAUGGAAAUUUCAGUACGACAAGACCAAAAAACAUGACGUUACAGAUAUGUGUUUCAAUGCCCGCUACUAUGAUUUAUUUGCAGUCUCUUUUGGAUGCUUGUCCUUUGACAGUCCUGUGUCAUAUGGAACGGUUUGUUUGUUCAGUUUGAAGAAUCCCUCAUAUCCGGAGUGGAUUUGUGUCACUGAAUCCCCGGUAAUGUGUCUGGAUUUCAACAUUCAACACCCUCAUCUUCUUGUUAUCGGUACUAAGGAUGGUACAGUAGCAGUUUAUAAUGUAAUGCUACCGGCAACUGCGCCUCAAUAUAAAAGUAACGAAGUUGUUCAGAAACACGGAGGGAUUGUUUGGGAAGUAAGAUGGGCGCCGGAUACGGAAGAAGGCAAUUUGACAUUUUACAGCGUGAGUAUUGAUGGUAAAAUAAAUCAUUGGGUAUUAUAUCAAAAUGAAUUGGGUUUGACAACAAUUAUGACUUUAUAUUUGAAUCGAUCACCAAUUCCUGGUCCUGAUGGUUCUUUUAUUACUCUCAAAGGCUGCGGAACUUGUUUAGCAUUUCAUCCAACAGACCACGAUAUAUUUUUGGUUGGCACUGAAGAAGGAACAAUUUAUAAAUGCAAUACGGCUUUUAGUAGCACUUAUAUGCUGACAUACAAUGAAGCACAUAAUAUGCCGGUUUAUCGAAUUGUUUUUAACAAAUUUAAUUCCAAUAUAUUUGCUAGUUGUUCUGGCGAUUGGAGGAUUAAAAUCUGGGAAGAUAAUCGAUUAGAACCUUUGUUUAUGUUUGAUCUUGGAGUACCGAUUGGAGACAUUCAGUGGGCGCCAUACAGCUCGACAGUCCUGGCAAGUGUUUCUAAUGAUGGAAAAGUCACAGUAUUUGAUUUAAAUGUCAAUAAAUAUCGACCGAUUUGUACUCAGCCAAUCGUUAGUAAGAAGAGAAGUAAACUAACAAGAUUGGCUUUUAAUAAUGAGCUACCUUUUAUUAUCGUCGGCGAUGAUAAGGGAACAGUAAAUAGUUUAAAACUAUCACCCAAUUUACGAGCUAAAGUGAAACCAACAAAAAAACAAAUGCAUCUAAAUCAUGCAGAAUUGGAAGCAAUGAAAUUAGAAAGAUUAUUAAGCUUUGUACGUGAACCGCCAAAUUUGACAACUCCAAAAGAGAAAAAAGAUGCUAAAUAA